AUGGCCGGUGGUCCCAGUGCAACGGCUGCUCGCCGCGGUGGCAAGUUCAACAAGCCUUCUCGUGGAGGUGGCAAGCACUACUCGCGUGGUCUCCAACCCGUCGACGCCGAUGGCAACCAGAUAAGCAUGUGGAGCGCCGACUCCCAGAAACGGGAAGAGGGCGACGAGGAAGACUCUGAGGAAGAGUCUUCUGAGGAGGAGAGCGAGGAGGAGGGCGGCCCCUCCAACGCGGCCGCGGCCGCGGCCGCCGAAGCCAACCGCGAGGACCGAAAAGCCCAGAAGAAGGCGCGCAAGGAGGCCGCCCUCGCCAAGCAGCGCGCCCGCAACGUCGAGGUCGGCGACAUGCCCUCGAGCGACGACGACGAUGAGAGCGACGACGACAUGCCCGCGAACCCGAACCACUCCAAGGCGUCGCGCAACAUGACCAAGGCCCCCAGCGGCGACGACGUCGACGAAAUCACCCAGGGCGUGCAGGACCUGAAGGCCCCGGCGAGCCGGCGCGAGAGGGAGGCCCUCGCGGCCGCCGAGGCCAAGGAGAAGUACAUGCGGCUGCACGCUGCGGGCAAGACGGACGAGGCCAAGGCCGACCUGGCCCGACUCAAGGUCAUCCGCGAGCAGCGAGCGGCCGAGGCCGCCCGGAGACAGGCUGAAAAGGAAGAGAAGGAGGAGCAGGAAAAGGCCCGCAAGGCAGAGAUUGAGGCCAAGGAGGCCAAGAAGCGCGAGGCCGCGGCCGGGCCCAAGAAGUCUAGCAAGAAGAAAUAA